AUGCGAUUACGUCGACGAAUUCUGCAACUGGAAGAGGAGAAGAAGAUGCAACGUCGACAGCUGAAGGAUUCCAAGGCUCGGCUGAUCCUCUUGCAGAAACACAAACGUCUAUUUCAGGUGGUCUACAAACGAGAGCUGGAGAGAAUGACCAGCAAAUGCGAUGAAUUGAUGAUUCAAAAGUUUGGUAAAAUUGAUGAUAUGGCUGUUAUGGAGCUGGUCAUGAUCAAUCCCCGACUCGAAGAACUUUCCACAAAAAUGCUUGUUUUGCAAGCAAACAUGCAGAAGGAGCAAGAGAAAAUGGAGGGUAAAUAG